ACAGAAACUGAAAGAAGAAUCCGAGCAAAUGAUCCCAUAUUUAACUCAAAAUUCAAUUAUGCCAAUAAUUACAUCAAGACUUCGAAGUAUAGUUUGCUAACAUUUCUGCCCCAAAACCUCUUCGAACAGUUCAAAAGACUCGCAAAUUUCUAUUUUCUUUGUCUUCUUAUUCUUCAGAUUAUUCCCUUUAUAUCUUCCUUAACCCCGUGGGCGACAGCCGUGCCUUUGAUUGUUGUGCUGACACUAACGGCAGUCAAAGAUGCAAUCGAUGAUAUUCAAAGACAUAGAAGUGAUAAUCAGAUCAAUAAUCGUCUCUCAAAAGUGCUGCGAAAUGGGAAGUUAGCAGACGAGCGAUGGUAUAAAGUACAGGUCGGAGACAUCGUUCUCAUGGAAAAUGACAAUUUCGUUGCCGCCGAUCUCCUUAUGUUAUCCACGAGUGAACCCAACGGUCUAUGUUAUGUUGAAACAGCAGAAUUGGACGGACAAGCCAUACCUGAGACUUCAGAACUCGGCGAUGACUUUCAAUUGCUCGGAAGGUUUAAUGGUGAGAUGAUCUGUGAGCCGCCCAACAAUAAUCUGACUCGUUUUGAGGGCACUCUUCAUUAUAAUGGAGAGACAUUUUCCGUAGACAACGACAAAAUGCUUUUGAGAGGCUGUCGAUUACGGAACACUAAAUGGUGUUUCGGUGUUGUCGUGUUCGCUGGUAGAGAUACAAAACUAAUGCAAAACAGCGGAAAGACUAUAUUCAAGAGAACGAGUCUCGAUAGACUAUUAAAUUUAUUGAUUUUAGGGAUCGUAUUUUUCUUAAUGUCGAUGUGUCUGUUCUGUACGAUAGCGAGUGGUGUUUGGGAGACAGUGACGGGUCAAUACUUCAGGGCAUACCUGCCCUGGGAUUCAAUCGUACCGAGUAAUGCCAAAAGUGGUGCCACUGUCAUAGCGGUGCUCGUAUUCUUCUCGUACGCCAUUGUACUCAAUACAGUGGUUCCCAUCUCUCUAUACGUGAGCGUCGAAGUGAUUCGCUUUUGUCACUCAUUAUGGAUCAAUUGGGAUGAGAAGAUGUAUUACGCGCCCACAGAUGUGGCGGCAAAGGCCAGGACUACUACACUGAACGAAGAGUUGGGACAAAUUGAGUACGUUUUUAGUGAUAAAACGGGAACAUUAACCCAGAAUAUCAUGACAUUCAACAAGUGUUCCAUCAAUAAUAAUCUUUAUGGCGAAGUGUUGGAUGAGAUGACUGGCGAACAGUUAGAGAUAACUGAAGACAUGAUUUCUGUUGAUUUUUCCGGUAAUCCUAUGUUUGAGGAGACUUUCAAAUUCUACGACCAGACACUUCUCGAUGAGAUAAAUGGCGGCAAUAAAGAGGUUCAGGAGUUCUUUCGUCUUCUGGCUCUCUGUCAUACAGUUAUGUGCGAAGAAAAGGAUGGAAAACUUGAAUAUCAGGCGCAGUCACCCGACGAGGCGGCCCUCACUUCUGCCGCGAGAAACUUUGGUUUUGUGUUUCGGAGCCGAACGCCGACGAGUAUAACCAUUGAAGAAUUGGGCAAAACUGAAACUUACGAACUCUUAGCUAUUCUUGACUUUAAUAACGUUCGCAAACGAAUGUCUGUGAUACUUCGUAAAAAUGGUAAAAUCUUUCUUUACUGCAAAGGCGCCGAUACUGUGAUAUUUGAGAGAAUGGACGCGAGUUGUGCCGAAUUGAAGUUGAAUACAGUCGACCACUUAAACAAGUUCGCCGGCGAAGGCCUUCGCACUCUAUUGUUGGCAAAGAAAGAGCUCGACUCUCAAUACUACGAGAAGUGGAAAGAGAGACUGCAUUCGGCCGCCACUUCUCUCGACAAUAGGGAGGAGAAAGUGGACGCCGUUUAUGAAGAAAUUGAACAAAACCUUAUACUUAUCGGCGCCUCAGCCAUAGAAGACAAAUUACAAGAUGGCGUCCCUCAAUGUAUCGCUAAUUUAGCCGCCGCUGGCAUUAAACUCUGGGUUUUAACCGGCGAUAAACAGGAAACGGCUAUUAAUAUAGGUUAUAGUUGCCAACUGUUAACCGAUGAAAUGGUGGACACGUUUACGAUAGAGGGCUGGGAAUACGAGGACGUGGAGAGCGAACUGAAGAGGUGUCGCGAAAAUAUCGCGAAUGUGAUGAGCCAUACGUACGGCGCGACUGACCUAAACGUGGUCUCAUUUCGGGGCAACAGUUUGAACACUAAUGACAACACUAUUAACAACAGUCGAGUGAACGAUCGGUACGAGAAUAGGGCGAGUGCUCCGAACGCCAGUCCCAUUGAAGUGAACGAAUCGGAUGCGUUCGGCGGAUUCGCGCUCGUCAUCAAUGGUCACAGUCUUGUUCACGCGCUUCAGCCAAAGAUGGAACUCCUAUUCCUAGACGUGGCCUCCAAUUGCAAAGCCGUCAUCUGUUGUCGAGUCACGCCUUUACAGAAAGCACUGGUCGUCGAUCUCGUCAAACGACACAAGAAAGCGGUCACAUUAGCCAUCGGCGACGGCGCUAAUGACGUCAGUAUGAUUAAAACCGCACAUAUCGGGGUUGGGAUCAGCGGUCAGGAAGGAAUGCAAGCGGUGUUGUCGAGUGACUUUUCGAUCGCACAGUUCCGGUUCUUGGAGCGGCUGCUGUUAGUGCACGGCCGGUGGUCUUACUUCCGAAUGUGCAAAUUUCUUCGCUAUUUCUUUUACAAGAACUUUGCGUUCACUCUCUGCCACUUCUGGUAUGCCUUCUUCUGCGGCUUUUCCGCACAGACACUCUACGAUCCGGCUUUUAUAUCGUUUUAUAAUGUAUUUUACACAUCACUCCCGGUGUUAGCGCUGGGCAUCUUUGAUCAGGACGUGGACGAUCGCAUAUCACUUCGUUAUCCAUUACUGUACACUCCGGGUCAUAUGGAUCUGUUGUUCAACAAAAUAGAAUUCCUCAAAAGUGUCGCUCACGGAAUCGUAUCAUCUUUUAUACUAUUCUUCAUCCCUUACGGCGCCUUCAAGAAUGCUGUCGGACCCGAGGGUAUCAAUUUGGACGGCCAUCAGAUCUUUGGGACAGUUGUCUCAACCAUUCUGGUUCUAGUCGUGACCGCUCAAAUAGCUCUGGACACGUCCUACUGGACAGUAUUCAAUCAUAUAGUGAUUUGGGGAAGCGUUGCCUUCUAUUUCGCAAUGACUUUAUUCAUAAACAGUAACUUAAUUAACAACCAAUACUUGGGUUGCCUUAGAAUGACUCUGAGUUCGGGUCAAUUCUGGUUCACAUUGUUUCUAGUGUUGGCCAUUCUGUUAGUGCCGGGAGUGGCCAACCGUUUCUAUCACACAUCAGUGCACCCGACACUCAGUGAUAGGUGUCGUUAUAAGCAGCGAAUAUCUCGUAUGAGAGCCCGACCCGAGCCUCAGAUGAGACGAAGAAGUUCUGUGCGAAGGAGUCGUCGAUCGAUACGCUCCGGGUAUGCCUUCUCACACCAGGAAGGCUUCGGACGACUCAUUAUGAGCGGAAAGAUUAUGAAACAACACAAAUCCAAAACCAAUCAACAGAACGCCAAUAGUCUGAAUGUAGGCCUCAAAGUGGAUCCGCCGAUGACUAUGCCUUCACCCAGACAUCAACGGACGGGAAUCAUCAAAAGCACACCUCGUAUACAACCGACCUCUUUGAACACCCCUUCCUCUAUAGAAAUAUAAUGCAAUAAUUGUUAUGCAGUCAUAGAUUAUAUCGAUAUAAAUAUAAAUUUAGAUUUGUAUAAAUUAA